GUUACAGUAACGUUAUAACAGCUUAUAAACCGAAGAUAAUGGGAAGAUUCAUGCAACCUGUUAUAUUAUUGCCAGCCGGUCGCGAACAAUCAUGCCGCCAUACGUCUAUAGAGGGCCUGCUUGCAAGCUUAUUGGGCGGCUUAUACUCGCAUAGCUUACUUGAAAAUCAGUGUAGGAGGGGAUGGCCAAUGCUCGAGCCUAGAUUAAGUUACUCCGCUGUAAAGCAACCAUGGAUCCACGUGCUUGACAUGGCCGGCUUCAGACCUGAAGAAAUAAAUGUUAAAGUAAAAGACAAUUUGGUAUCUGUACACGCUAAACAUGAAGAAGUUGACGGCGAAGACGUUGACAUUACAGAAAAGAAACGAUCUGUGCACGUACCGGAAGGUGUAAACGUGACGAAAAUCGCAUGUUUUGUAGAUCGUGGAGGAAAGUUAGUAAUCAAAGCGCCUUUCUCUACAGCAAAACUCUAUGACGGAAGAAAUAAGUGUGAGUUAAAGGUGGAGUCGACAGAGGGUAACACCGAACAAAAACUGGACGAGUCUCAGCGUGAACAGCAGUGUGAUUCAAUGGAAGUUUCAGAAAAGAGUAGCACAGAACCAUUCCACGACGAACUAAACCGAGAAAAAGAUAAUAAUGAACUGCAGCAGCUGAGUACAGAUUGUCCGAAAAGCAUGGAACCUGCGGACAAAGAAACUCAAGACUGUCGGCAAAUAAACGUCGCCGACGAUAUGCUACAUUAUCCGCUUGAAACGAACAUCGAAGGUCAUCUGACCAGUGACUGCACAGAUACGUCUGUCAGUCCGGUGCCUUUGAUAGAGAAGACUGAGAACGGCAUUGAUAACGGAGAACAAGAUGUUGGAACAGAUAUUUUUCUUGAUAAGGGCGAACCUUUGGACUAUUUAAUGGAUAAAACUGAUAUUGUAGAAAAAAAUGGCCAGAAAUACUUCUGUGCAAAAAUAAAUUUUGAAAACUUUCCUCGCAACAGCAUUCGUGUACUUUGCGAAGAUAAAACCCUUUCUGUUGAUGCAACACGUGAAUGGGAUGAUUCUGGUGUCAAGGUGUACCAGGAAUUUCACCGACAGUAUAAGCUUCCAAACAAUUCCUUGGAGGCCGAAGCUAGGGCUUUUGUUAGCGGUAACGGAAGGUACUUUACCGUGAACGUUCCAAUAAAAGAAGAAUGUAGCACAGAGAAACCAGCAGAGUAAAACAAUUAACAUUACUAUACAUAUAAGGCUAUGCUAAAUACUUGUAUUAAUGUAUUAAUGAAUUGUUUUGUAUGACAGUUUCUUGUGAGCACUUGUGUAAUAUUUGAUAUAAUGUGACAUAUAGCUGUGAACAUUUUGCGUUAAUGGUCUCUACAGCAAUUUAAGAUUGUAAUGAUAUCUUCGAUCAAUUUUUGUUGUAUAAGCAGGUUAGGUGGUAUCUGAAAAAUCUAGAUGUUCAUUGAAUCAUAAUAGUUUGUAAAAAUAUGAAUGAUUAUACUUACAUAUGAAUAAGAUUAUUUCUUAAAGAUGAGUAAAAAUAAUUGUAAUAUAAAUUAACUUUUUUUAUAAGAUUUUGUGUAACCUUCAUUAUUCAUUUUUUUUUACUACACGUACGAUUAUGCAUUUUGAAAUAAAAUCAUUUCAAACAGGA